AUGGCGUGUCAACCUAAACGUUCCGAAACCGUCGUAAUCCACGAGUUGCUGGCCUUUGUUCAACAAAAAUUGGACGUCAUGGACCAGGUGUCUCUGAAGCAGAUACUGAUGACAAGCUUCACCGAGGACGAUAUCAUCCAAGCGAAGAAGGUGUUAGCAGAUUCAGCCGUGACCCAAAUCCGUCUUAUCACACGUCACAGGGAUGGACGCGAUGGUAUUCCAACAACCUUACCUUUAGAUAAAGAGACAUUAAAAGAUGCAACGACUCCUGAUAGUGAUACGUGUACAAGUAAAAUUCAUACGUGCUCAUUAAAAAUGGAAACAACAUUUAUAAGAGGCUUGCCAGGAUCUCCCGGAGAAAAAGGAGACAAAGGCAUAGAUGGUCCAAGAGGAGAUACAGGAUCACCAGGUUUACAGGGAAUUCGUGGAUUACCGGGCGUUGUGAUGAGUGAUAGGUCUGUUUGGCAUAUGGAAAUGAUUGGUUUGGUAGAUAAAGACGAUGAAUAUAUUGAAGUAGUUGAAGAAUUAAUGCCUGUUAGUGAUCUGUGUAAGGAUAAAAAAGAUAAAGAAAAAGUUAUUGUAAAUGGUACAAAAUGGAUGAAAGAACUCCUACCAUUUGAAGUGAUUUGUGAAGCGUCCGGCUGGACAUGUCUUGAGACCGCAAAAAAAACUACAGAAUUUAAUUAUACCUCGGAAAUUCAGCCAUUCUGGUUAAGCAAAUUAAACUUUAGUAGCAACGAUUUUUAUGGACUAUCUACACAUCAAAUUAACUAUUUACAAGAUCGAGCAUCUUCAGCUAAGAUUACUAUUAGAUAUCAUUGUAAAAAUUCAGUCGUACUGUCAGAAAACAAGGAUAACUCUUUACGUCUUCUGUUGUGGAACGAUGUUUCAGUAGGCCCAUAUUCUGACGAAGCAACGCCAUUUAAAUACACUGUGUUAAAUAAUAAUUGUAAGAACCUGGGUGACAAUAAAUCAAAAUGGCUGUAUACUGACAUAUCAAUAGUCACUUCCGUUGUUCAUCGUUUACCUGUUAUCGAUUUUCAAAUAAGAGACGUUAGAAACGAAAAUCAGUUUCUAUCUUUAGAACUUAAAGAUUUAUGUUUUCGUUAA